GUUCCUUUAGGCAACCGUACAAUGUGAAUAAUUGUCUUUUCUUGGGAGACUGAUGUCCUUUUUUGGUCAGCUUCCGACCCCCAAUGGAAACGUGACCGUUUAAUUACUUUAUAACUAGUUCCUUGUGUCUUGUACUGUAUGCUAUUUAAUCGGGUUCAUUUUUGCUCUCGUGUUCAAAAGUUUGCUACUGUGUAAGUAGAAAAAUCUCGCGUUAUUUCACGAGAAAGUACUCCGGAAACAAAGGACUCUGGUUUAAAAUCCUCUUUCCAUGUAACGUUGGUUUCAUCAUCGAAUAAUUGUUUUAUUUUUCUUUCAAAAUUGCUACUUCGCUGAUUUAUUCAAUUCCAAGCUACAAUGGAUGUUGUGCUGUUUGUGGCGUUCAUCUCCUGGGUGACCCCUGCUCUGGCAGCAGCGGACGGCGAAAAAGACUAUGACAGCGCUUUUGAAUAUGAUUAUGAAUCCCUGAGAAUCGGUGGCCUGGUUUUCGCCGUCGUGCUGUUUCUUCUGGGCAUCGCCCUCAUCGUCAGCAGGAAAUGCGUAUGUUCCAAGAGUGACAAGUCAAGGUCCCGUGGUCCUGAUGGGGAAUCGGGUGUUCCGAGAGCUUAAAGCCACAGACAACAAAGAGCAGCUGUUAGCAAGUCACACCACCAGAUGGCAGCAUUUGAAAUCCUGCUGGAGACAAUCUGAACCCUCACAUGAAGCCUUCUUUUUUAAAAAUGUCUUUUUAUCUUAUUCGUUUUUUUUUAAGUCAUCUUGACCUCUGACUAUUUAAGGUGUCAGAUUAAUGAAGAUGUAGAUUUAGGGACUUUGUGAUUGAUGCAAACAAUAAAAGCGUAUCUUUUAAUAUGUGCCACAUUAUUGCAGAUCCCAUCCAAUCCGUUGCCGGUGUGUGUGUGGCGGGGUUGGACCAGAUACAAGCCGGUGCUGCACUGUGGUGGAUUGUGCUGACGUUGCAGUUGGCUCAGCAACCUCCGGUUCUUGUUAAUGAUUUAUGUGCUGCAAAGUGGCCAUUCUGCAUAGUGCAGAAAUGCAUCUCAUUUCAUUUAAAUCGGAUUUAACUAUUGCUGAGAUUUCCCACAAAUUGGCUCAUCGGUGAGAAUAAAAGCUGUCCUUACCCAAAGCCAAACAGGAUGUACAUUGUUUUAGUGUGCAAUACACAUCUUGGCUGGGUAAAAAUAUAUACCACCUAUAGCACAAUAUUAUAUAAUAACCUAUUAUUUGGACUCGAAGGUGAUCCUACUUCUUUGUUGAUGCAUAAUAUGUAAAAGUGUAGUGUUUCAUUGUGGCCACCAGGGGGCUCCGGACUUGGUGUGGGGUUGACCAGUGCACCCUGGAGUUCCUUCCCACACAACUGCAGUCUGCUCAUCACUUGGAGGAAGUCUUCAAGCUGUC